AUGUCGUCAAAGCCACACUCCAAGACCGUCCGUGGAACUCUCGAUAAUCCCAAAACCCAAAAAGCUAUGAAAUCGGACAAACCCACAAAAGGACUCGGGGACGCGACCUCACUCAAACCCGAAAACGGCACAAAGCCCCUGCCAUCCAGGGAUUCAGCUCCGCCGCAUGGAGAAGGAAAUGACAAGAGCUCAGACUCUGCGCCCACCGUGUCAGACCCAUACCGCAAAAAUGGCGACGCUGGAGGGACUGGCAAAAAGCCGAGUAGGAACGGGCGUGAGGAAGGGAAAAGCCUACCACACUCGAAGACUGUCAGAGGAACAUUCGCGAAUGAUGAUGGGAAGAAGGUGAACAACACGCAGUUGGGUGAUGCGACCAGCCUGAAAGCGGAGACAAGCGAGAGUGAAUCAGGGAAGGACGUGGAAAGAGAAGGUGGAGAUAAAUCAGGGAAGAGCAAGUUGUGA